ACAUAUAUAUAUUCAUCUAUGUUAUAUGAAGCUCAUAUAGCAAACAAAAGAGAAAGAGAUACAAGUGUUCUAAGGAGAUUCUAUUAUACCUCCCCCUCACCUCAAAUCUAGAUUCUAAAAAACAUUCGUAAUCCCGAUCUGAGUUGUGACAUCAAUAAUUUUCAGUGUUUAUACGACCAAUCUUAGCUACGACAUCAAGGUUUCUUUUGUGUCAAUACGACCACAAAAGAACCACCUCUAAAAUUCGUCAGCCACAUUUGACUGCAAUUCCCUGUAACAUCAAGGAUUGCAACACCUAAUUUGUUGUCAAAACUUGAUCAGGGAAGUGUUUUUAUUGUGAGUUUCGAUAUUAUUUGUCUCUCUAUAACUAAAUCAUUAGAGGAAAAAGUCAAGUUUGCGCCGAAGAAAUUUUCCCUUUCACUAAUGAGUAGUGAAAACACUAUGUCAUGAAAGCUUCAAUGGAUUUGUUUCAUAAAGUCAUUCAAGAAGCAUUCAUCAAUAUAGACAAAAGAAUUAGCCUUUUAAGGUAACAUAUAUAAUUUCAUGGAGCACCACAAAUGGUGGCAAUUAACUACAUUGUUAUUUGUCUCUAUAAUGUUUCAAUCAUCUUUGGUUAAAACUAAUGACAUUGAGUCCUUAGAAGACUCCUUAUGCAAGCAAGUGAACAAAGAGAGAGAAAAUCCAAUAACAGGUCUUUUCUACAACAUCUCACUUCCUUCUAAUUACACAGGAAUCAAAGCUAGAGUUGUUAGAUUAAGAACAUCCUCAUUCUAUCAAAGAGGAAUAAAUUAUAGUCUCUUCAAUAUUCCACCACAUAUUGUGCCAUUACCAAAUAGAAAAAGAAUGGCUAUACUCUUUGAAAAUUUUGGAAAUUGGUCAUCUCAUUAUUUCAAUGUGCCUAAUUACACAAUGGUAGCACCUGUUUUUGGCUUUGUGGCUUACACUUCAUCAGGAAAUGAUUUUUUAGAUAAUGAGAAGAUGAAUUUAGUCAUUAAAGGGAAGCCUAUUUUAAUUAAUUUUCAUUAUGUUAGGGUGCAAGAAAAAAAUGAUACACCAAUUUGUGUUAAGCUUAGUGAUAAUGAUGGUGGAAUUUUGGGAUUUAGGAGCAUGACAAAAGAUUAUGCUUGUGAGGCUUAUGGAUCAGGACACUAUACUCUUGUGGUUCCAAUUUCAGAAGAAUCAUAUAUUAAGAGUCAGAGUAAGAGAUUUACUCAAUGGUGGAUUGUAGGAUUUGUUAUAGGUUUUGUUGGGUUGGUCAUAUUGGUUUUGAUCUUGGUAAAUUUAGUUAAGGCUGCAAAGAGGAAGAAGAUAAAAAAUUUGGAGAACAAUUCAGAAAAUGGUGAGCCUUUUGAUACAUUUUGGAUUGGUGACACUAAAUUGCCAUUGGCUUCAAUGAUUAGAACCCAACCAGUUCUUGAGAAUGAUUGAUGAUGAUGAUGAUAAUGAUGAUGAUGAUGUUAUUCAUUAUUAAUGUUAGUUGGUCUUGUUUUGUUGUAUUAAUGAUGUUGGUUUUAAACUAUGAUUAAUGAUCUUUGUCAUAUAAAACAAAACCAUUUAGUACAAUGAACAACAAAUUUGACUCUAUAUAAUAUGAUAUUUAUCAUCAUCUGCCUCAUUGACACUUUGAUAUCAUGUUUAGUUUUUAUUUAGAAACUUUGUAAAUUUCCCAUUCUCAUUCUAUUCUUCUCUAUUCGUUAAUACAAACAAGACUUAAAUAUAAUAUUAGUUCAAAAGGUCAUGUCUAACAUGAACAAGUCCUUCAAAUUGUGCAUGGUGCAUAAGUAGUGAUUUAUAUUAUAACUGUUGUGAAUUCGAUCCGAAAAUUACACCAAUAUUAAACUCAAGUGUGUGGAGCAAACGAUUAAGCAACCAAAUCAAAGCUUAUGGAAUAAGCAAUAAAUCAACAAAGGCUAAAACAAUGAAAACGAUAAAGAACAUGAAUAAUUGUUUACCUAGUUCGGUCCAAUAAUGACCUAGUCUGGCGAGAGAGAGCUCUCCAUUCCACUAUGAAUGAUUCAACUUGAUUACAAAGAUUCAACCACAAAGAGUUGCAAGAAUUUAGAUUUUUCCUAAAUUCUACCCUUUUCCCGAAUCUCUCCCCGUGACCAAGAGAUUCAAUCAAUAAGUGUUUCCUGGUGUUACAAUGAUUAUCCCAACCCUAGAGUAUACCCAAAAGAAUCCCCUUUUAUUACAAUGUUGGUUGCAAAGACUCUUGAAAAACCCUUUCUCUCUAUUCUUGGCGGCUGCAUAAAAGUGAACAGAACUGGCGCCAGAACGGCAAGCUACACCCCAUGCGCCAGAACUGGCGCCUCAUGCGCCAAUUCCCGCGCCUUAUGCGCAAAUGGCAGUAGUGAAACCAAUUUUCUGCUUUUUCAUCAAUUCAAAGGCAAUUUCCAACAAUCUCCACUUUGCCUUUAAAUUUAUGGCGAUGCCAUCUUCCCACCGACCAUUGUGUCGCUCUACUUUGUUUACACCACUCCUCUUCGGCCCCCGGAGUCUACCUCUCUGUUCUCCCGAAAUAUGCUUGCCUCCAAUUGCCCUUGGAUUGUUAGGACAAUCCACAAGCUAAACCAUACCCUCUUCAAACCCCGGAUUGUAGCUUUCCGUACUCUUGAAGAUUUGCUUGCUUCAAACCAACCUUGGAAUUUUAGGUGGUUCCACAAGCCGCAAUAUCAAACUCUCCUUGCAUCCAACUACCUCCAGCAGUCCUACAAGUUACCAAGUUUGAUCACCAUUGCUUCCACACAAGAUCUCCAUAGCCAUACCACCAAAGCCUCAAAACCGGUAUAUCCACUAUGUCUUUCACCUUGUAACCGAGUAUUCUUAGCACCGCCUCUCCAGGCUGAUGUUGACUAUUCUUCCACCGCCUCUCCAGGCCGAUGUUGAGUAUUCUUCCACCGCCUCUCCAGGUCGACAAAGCCUCUAUGGUUCCCAACUUGUGACUAUGAGUGCUUCCGCACUCUCAUAGCCUUCCUCCUCAUCAACGGCAAUCUGAGCCAACGGACUACCAUUGCCCCUCCUCUGAGGAUAAUCCUUCUUGAAGUGGCCCGAUUCUUGACAAUGGAAGCAUUUGAACUUGCCACCACCAUCACCUUUUGGCCUAGACUUGAACCCAUAUUUCGAUCCUUUCCCUUUGCCUUCGUUCUCGCUUCUACCCCUCGCCACAUUCAAGCCUUCUACACCAUCAUCAACCCUCAAGUCUCUCAACUUUGUCAACUCCUUGGUCCUCAAAGCUGAUUGAACUUCAUCCAAGGUGAUAGUGCCUUCUUUGCCAUAAAGCAAUGCAUCCUUGAGAUUUUCAAGCGGCUUGGGCAAAGCACACAACAAAUGAAAUGCCUUGUCCUUGUCUUCCAAGUUCACAUCAAUGGCAGCAACUGAGGCUGCUUCUGCGCCUCAUGCGCAAAUGGCAGCAGUGAAACUAGUUUUCUGCUUUUUUCAUCAAUUCAAAGGUAAUUUCCAACAAUAACGAAUACAAAUUUUAUAAAAUUCACCGUUAGAUUGAAAGUUUAUAUCAUAUAGAUCAUCUAUAAAUUUUUUGAAAAUAACUUGAUAUGUUAUUAAGACCAAUCAAAAUUAAUGGUAUUCAAUAAAAACCUAUAAACCAUUAAUUUUGAUGAAUCUCAAUAAUAUAACAAAUAAUUAUGUAUCAAAGUAAUAUUCUGUGUAUCCAGUUGCUGCAGCAUAUAUUAACAUGGUCAAAUUGUGUUUCAUACAAUAUAAUUUAAGCUUCUUUUUGUUGCUUUCUGCUGCAUAAGCAUUUUGUAAUUGCCACAUAUUCUAUUAAAAAUCUGACUCAUUUUAAUUUGAGCCUUCAACCUAUAGUAUGAAAAAUAAAGAAAUUUCGUGAGGUUCCAUUGAAAUGAAACGCAGAUAAUAAAUAAAUACAAUAUACAAAAAUAGAUAGGCUUGAAAUUUACCAGAAAGAAUAGGCCUCCAUGGAAAGGACAAGAUACAGCUGAAUCUCCAGUGGCCAAUUUCUUUAUCCUGUCAUGGAAUAAAUUUUUGAAAAUAAAAAUUGGUUUAAGAAAAUAAAAUAUUGAGGGCUGUUAUGUGGACAACCUGAAAUUUUUGAAAA